GCCAAAGAGGGAGAAGAAGAUAAUGAAGUUGAGGAGCUCUUCAGGUCUGGAAAGAAAAAGAAGAAAGUAGAGAGAGUUCCUUCAGAAAUAGCAUUUCGACUUGAGAAUGCCAUGGCCAAGCUCGAGCUUGCAGCUGAAGAAGAUGCAGAACUUAAUAGAGAAGGGGAACCUGCCAUUUAUAAACUCAAAUCAUUGCCGCUUCUAACUGAGGCUCUAUCAAAGAAGCGUCUUCAACAAAAGUUUUUAGAUCAUGGAAUACUGAAUCUACUAAGAACUUGGCUCGAACCCCUUCCAGAUGGAAGCUUACUGAAUAGAGCUAUCCGCGAAGCAAUUUUGAAGAUUUUGAUCGAUUUUCCAAUCGACCUGCGGCAGGAGGAGAGAAGAGAACAGAUGAAGAAGAGUGGUCUCGGAAAGGCCAUUGAGUUUCUAUCUAAAUGUGACGAGGAAACAACUUCCAACAAAAAACUUGCCAAAGAAUUGGUCGAUAUAUGGAGUCGACAACUUUUCAACAAGAGGAUGGACAUUGUGGGCAGGAGAAGAGGUCUUCCUGAGAGAAUUCUACUACAAAGUUCAUCGGUGAAAAUGCCACCUAGCAAAAGUGCUGUAGUGAAAUCUAGAAAUUAUAAUCGCGAUUCAGACAAGUCCUCACGGAGACACCAUUCUGUUCAAUCUUCAUCUAGACAUGGCGAUUGCAAUUCAGACGACUCCUCAAGGAGACACAAUUCUGGCCAAUCUUCGUUUAGACAUGGUGAUCGUGAUUCAGACGACUUCCCACGGAGGAACAAGUCUGGCCAAUCUUCAUCUAGACACAGUGAUCUUGAUUUAGACAACUUCUUGAGGGGACACAAGUCUAGUCAGUCUUCAUCUAGACAUGAUCAUCACGAUUCUGGCGACCUCUCACGGGUACAUAAGCCUAGUCAAUCGUCAUCUCCAAAACGUGCCGUAAGACCACAACCAACAGACCCGGAUUACAUAGUUAUUCCACCCCCUCGGAUUAACGUCAACAAAGUUAGAGCCCACAAUAAAGCAACUACACCAACCCGCCGUGAAAGGUUGGAUAAGAAGUUAGAGCGGAUGAAGAAACAAAAGAAGAAACAGCUUCAGGCUACGAAG